UCAAAUAAAACAUAUGACGUUCUAGUGGGAUUUGGAUACAACUCUGUUCUUACCAUCAGCUGGGCUAGUAACUAAAUUUGACUGGAUCCACAUGUUCAUGUUCCCCUCAUGUUUUUAUUUAUACCAAUUGAGAGUACCAGGCACAAGUAAAAAUUAUGAAUAAAAAUAAGAAAAAAACUGUAUUAAAAGUUGAAAAUUCGGAGGAAGCAGCUACCCAGAACGCUGAAACAUUAACAGCGGUUAAUGUAAAACCUAAAAAAGAGGCCAAGAAGAGUGAUGAGAAGAAAAAGAAAGCAAAAAGGGAAAAGUCGAUAGUUCCAACGGAGCCAAAUUCUAAAACAAACGUGGCUGCAAAAGAGCAGCUCAGCGAGGCUGAUUUGAAAAAGAUUGAAAAGAAAAAAGCUAAAAAGUUGGCCCAAAAACUUAAAAAAGCCCAAAGGAAAGCAGAACGUUUAGGUAAUCCCGAAAAGGGACAACAAGUGAAAGUAACAACUGCACCAAAGAAGGACAAACCGGCCAAGAAGCGCAAGUUAGAUGAUGGUGAACAAUUACAAUCGGCGGCAAAUAAAACCGAAGAGGAACAAAUGCCUGCUAAAAAGCAGAAGAAAAAUAAAAAAAAUAAACGGCAGCCCCAAGAUGAGGAACAGAACAACAAAACUGAAGAUAGCAAUACAAAAAGUUCAGCUAAGCCCAGUGAUGUAAAGAAACCCAUUGAAGAACAUGUGCUGCUCAAAAAGGAAAAGAAACUCAAGAAACGUCAACAGUUAAAGGAACAAAAACUUGCUGAAAAAUCCACAAGGGAUCCUGCUUUAGAUGAAGCCACUGUAUUUGUAGGCAAUGUUCCCGUUAACACUAAACGUGUUCAACUCAUAAGGUUGUUUCAGAAAUAUGGACCAGUGAAUUCUAUACGCCUAAGAUCUGCUGCCGGAAAAAUUUUGCACAAACAUAAAAUGCGUAAAGCUGCAGGCUCCCUUAAUGCCUAUGUGGUUUUGCCAAACAAAACAGCGGCUGAGAAAGCAUUAGAACUGAAUGGUACAGAAUUCAAGGGUGUACAUCUUAGAGUAACAAAGUCUUCUUUGAGGAACCCAACAGAUAUGAAUGAUGAAAACAAACGCACUAUAUUCGUGGGAAAUCUAAAGUACUCUGCUACCGAAGAACAGUUGAGAGAUACUUUUAGCAGUUGCGGUGAAGUUGAAUAUGUUCGGUGCAUACGAGAUGGUGAAAAAGGCUGUAAAGGAGUAGCCUAUGUGCGUUUCAAAUCAACAGACGCUGUGGGUUUGGCUUUGGAACUAAAUCAAACCAUUUUAGAUGAUAGGCCAAUCAAUGUGGAACGUUAUAGUGCUAAAAAAUUGGGAGCCAAAGAACAGCGGGACGCUUUGGCGGCCAAAGAUAAGAAAAAUAAGUCCAAUAAAACAACAAAGGGAGAUAAUUCGAAAAAAUCCAAAACCAAGAUCAAUCCCAAAAUGAAGCCGGCGACGGCAAAUCAAAAAGAUGGCGAAGACGCUAAGAAAAUCAAGAAAAGCGAGUUUAGAGGAGUCAAAGUGGAAGCAUUGAAGAAGAAAUUAAAAAUGAAGAAGAAAAAAGCAACUCAAUCAUUGGAUAUUGCCAAGAAAAUAGCACCCAGACCCAAAAAGGAAUAAAAAAGAUGUGGUUUAAUUAAUGAUAUACCACCAGGACAUGCACGCGUUUCUAUAAAAUUUAUAGGAAUUUUAGCAUAUAACAAAAUUUUGUUUACCUUUUAAGAAUAACUUAACAAAAAUAAAUUGUUUUUAACGUUUUUCUUCCAUUUGUUAAUAAACGAACUGAAAUAA